UUGGGCUACUCCUCGUCUACACCGUGCAAUGUAAUUCUAGCUGAGGCAAAAGAGCCCCCGCUUGAUAUCAGAUUUAGAUAUUUAGCCUCAAACUUCUUGGCCAGAGCAGCAUCUAGAAUUGAUCACAAGGUUUUACUCGUUUUACAAGAGGUGGCAGACCUGGAAGAUACUCCAACCCUAAUUAACAGAGACGGCUGGGUCAACCUUGUCGUUAGCUUCCGCGAAAUUGACAAAUACAGGCAUUUGAUUAUGUCAUCCAACGGUCCACUAUGCUAUGAGUAUGGAUUCGAAUCAAUUAUGCAUCACCCGCAGGUAUCAUUCGAUGAAGGAGAGGAAAUUAACGGAUCUAAAAGGUGUCAGGAGCUUUUUAGAGACAUCUUUGACGAGUUUUUGACAAGUUGGACUUGUAUAUUCACCGAUGGUUCUAAAGAUGAUAAGGCUCCAUUUGGGGGAUUCUCUGUCGUCUUACCUUUGGAAGAAGUGGAACUAGAAUUUAGAGCUCCCAGACAAGCUUCAAUUUUCACCCUAGAGGCAAUUUACCACCAAUGGCCAUUUACCACGCCCUUAAAUUUAUCGAGCAAUCUCCGUUCAGAUACUCCAGGAGUGUACUUCAAGCCCUGGUGUCUGACAAAAUGGUGGGAUAGGAUGUGGUCUGAAUUCCACGAAUGGUUCAUGUCUUCGAACAUUGAUAAAGGUAACUACUAUCGUAAUAACUUCUACGCUAACACGUCCAAACCAUGGUUUAGUAAAUUUAGUUUAAAUAGACGCUCAGUUACUUCCAUCAACAGGCUUCGGAGUGGUCAUCACUCGUUGAAUGUUUGCUUAUUUAAAUAUGGUAUUGUACAAUCUCCAUCUUGUAACUGCGGUGAUGCGGAUGAAUCCCCGAACCACAUUUUAUUUCAAUGUUCUUUGUAUGAUUGUCAAAGAGCCGAGUUUAUCAAAGUAUUAACCAUAUUUUUGGGCCAUACCCCUUACAGCGUAGAAUUUCUUUUAGGAAACUUGAACCAGGGAAUUUUGAAUUGUUUGUGCAAAUUUUUAUCGUCUAUUAAAAGAUUUAUC